GCGCGGGGCAUUGUGGGAAGGGCGGCCGGUGCAGCAGCGGCUGCCAUCUUUAGUAACUCCUGGUGCUGCGGCCUUGUCUUUGGAGGUGGCCUUCGUGGCGGCCGUGCGCCCGCGGGAGUGACGGAAAGGCAGCCGGCUGACGGCCUUCCUUCCCCCGGCUCCAGCGAGACGGCCGGCCCGCGUCCGGAGGUUCCCAGGCGAGAGCGUCCCAGGCGCGCGCGGGGCUGAGGCCAGCGGUUAGGCGCCAGCGCCGCCCGGACAGGAUGGGCCGGUCCCGGAGCCGCAGCUCGUCCCGCUCCAAGCACACCAAGAGCAGCAAGCACAACAAGAAGCGCAGCCGGUCCCGGUCGCGGUCCCGAGACAAGGAGCGCGUGCGGAAGCGCUCCAAGUCCCGGGAGAGUAAGCGGAACCGGCGGCGGGAGUCGCGGUCCCGCUCCCGCUCCACCAACACGGCCGUGUCCCGGCGCGAGCGGGACCGGGAGCGCGCCUCGUCCCCGCCCGACCGCAUCGACAUCUUCGGGCGCACGGUGAGCAAGCGCAGCAGCCUGGACGAGAAGCAGAAGCGGGAGGAGGAGGAGAAGAAAGCCGAGUUCGAGCGGCAGCGAAAAAUCCGGCAGCAGGAAAUAGAAGAAAAACUCAUCGAGGAAGAAACAGCACGAAGAGUGGAAGAAUUGGUAGCAAAAAGGGUAGAGGAAGAAUUGGAGAAAAGGAAGGAUGAAAUUGAGCGAGAAGUUCUCCGAAGGGUGGAGGAAGCCAAGCGCAUCAUGGAAAAGCAGUUGCUCGAAGAACUCGAGCGACAGAGACAAGCUGAGCUUGCAGCACAAAAAGCCAGAGAGGAGGAAGAACGUGCAAAACGUGAGGAGCUAGAGCGAAUACUGGAAGAGAAUAACCGAAAAAUUGCCGAAGCACAAGCCAAACUGGCUGAAGAACAGUUGAGAAUUGUUGAAGAACAAAGAAAGAUUCAUGAGGAAAGGAUGAAAUUAGAACAAGAACGACAACGUCAACAAAAAGAAGAACAAAAAAUUAUCCUGGGCAAGGGGAAGUCCAGGCCUAAACUGUCCUUCUCCUUAAAAACCCAGGAUUAAAUUGCAAACUCUGAACUUUUUACAAAGAAAAUGGAAAAACUUUGUAUUGUAGCUUCAUGUUGAAGUGUUUUUUUUUGUUUUGUUUUGUUUUGUUUCAUUUUGUUUUUGUUUUUUUAAUUUGGAAAAUCUGGAAAGUUAGCUUGUUCUAAUAGGGGCUAUGCUCUGCAGUUCCUUUUCUUCCCCCUUAACUUCUAUUAAGUGAAAUCCUUAUCAGAUCAUUGUUGUCUUCUAAAAAGUGAUAUAUUUUUCACCUGUUUGGAUUCUGUGUUAGUGAUCUGAAGAAGAACAGAUCACUUUAUAAAUUGUGGAUGGUCUGAUAAGGAUUUUACUGACUCACAGACUUCAGAGUUAUACUCUGUUUACUAUAUCAUAAUGCUGGUUUUGCUGACUUUUUGUUUUUUUAUAUAUUUAUAAAAAAAGAAAAAGUUGGUAAUUGCAUUGGAAGCUCCCGGGUGUUGUUGGACCUAUAUGGUGUAUUGUUAAAUCAGUGUCCUCAUGAUACUGUUGCUCUUGAUGUUCCUGAUACAGGUAAGGAAACAGUUGGUCAGCUCUAACACAAAACAUAUACAGUUCAGUAUUGUCUCUGUUCAGGUUGUUUUUAUUUCACUGACAAAAAUCAAACCAGCAUUCCCCAUUGUGUAAAUAAAUGAUUUUGCUGAAUAAAGGCGUCUUAAAUUCA